ACACUAAAUCAACACCGUCCGCUCGAAAUCCACUCAACCAAAAGCGCGGGAAAACGAACUGGAUGCCCGUCACGUACAGAAACGCCUGUGUCACAGACAAGAGAAAAAAAAAAAAAUUAGAGAAAGAAAGAAGAGGGAGAGAGAGAGCAAGAGAGAGAAAGUAAUCAUCUGUACGGACUAUGGCUCCCAGGAAGCGAAAGUCUGAAGCAGCAGAUGAUGCUACGGCGGCGGUGACGACGAAAAGAGUGACUCGGAGCUCUGCUCGGCUAGCGAAGUCAAGGCCGGCCGCGCCAGCUGCCGAGUUGCCGAAGAAGAAAAAGGGGAAAGUAGCAGCAGCAGACCACAAGAAGGCUGAAAAGAAAGAGGAGUCUGUGAAGAAGACGGAGGAGGCUGAUAACGUUGAAGAGCAGGAACAAGAAACUGCUGACGGUGAGAAUAAGAAGACCAUUGUGAUUGAACACUGCACACAGUGCAGGUCAUUUAAGACAAGCGCUACUCAGGUGAAGAAUGGUUUAGAAGCUGCUCUUCCUAGUGUCAUUGUUCUUCUUAAUCCUGAUAAGCCUAGAAAGGGUUGCUUUGAAAUACGGAAGGAAGGUGGAGAGAAGUUCAUCACUCUUCUGGGCAUGAAACGACCGUUUAAGCCAAUGAAGGAUCUUGAUAUGAAAAAAGUCAUCUCAGAUAUAAUUGACAAGAUCAAAUGAUGAUGCAACCCCUGCUGGUUUAUUUUGGUUGCAGAAAGUCUUUUUGUGUGGAGUUGGAAGUUAACCAAGCUAACAUGAUUCUGAAAUGGAAAUAUUUGAACUGAUAUCUGUUGAUUUUACAAACAAUGCUUCUAUUGUUUUUGUGAUGCAAGGCCGUCAUCCCUAUGAACAGCUCCUUUGGAUAUUCAGCAUAGCCCCUUAAUGUUGUUACGCAUUGCAAUUGAUAUGACAUGACCUCCCUAUGAAUUUUUGAGCGUA